UCCAGAUGUGCUCUGGUAGCAUUGCUUGUCUGACAGCAGCUGGAAGUAGUUCCGGAGGUUUAGCAAGAGCACAGGUCCCGGAUGUUAGCUGUCUACAGCAGCGGGCGCAGACGGCAGAGAGAGAUCCGCGGAGCACUGUUGACAGCAGUACGCGGGACUAUGUCCGUCAGUAAGGAGUAUUAUUCGGGACAAGCAGCGGCAACUAUAGCAGCGACCGAGAACUAAGAAACACGUUUCGCUGGGUAGAGAAAGAAGACGAAGUGUGACAAGUGGCGGAGCUGUCUUUAUUGAAGUUAAAAGGUGUCCAUUAGUUACUACUCCUCAACAACCAUCAGAACUCUCUGAAAACCUGAACAUGUGUAUCAGAAGACCCCUGGGGUUCCACUCAGAACACACUCCUGCUGUGGAAGACAUGCCGAUCUACAGAGACGACUGCCUGUGGGGUUGCCGUGCAACAGAGGUGCAGUAAUUCCACCCAGACCACACCCCCAACCCACACCUAACACCCCCUUGCCCUCCUGACUCCUCCCACUCGGCUGUGAUUGACGUGCGGUCGCCAUGGCGUCGGAGCUGGAGAGCAGCCUGACCUCCAUGGACUGGCUGCCCCAGCUGAGCAUGCGUGCCGCCCUGCAGAAGUCCGGCGGGCCAGCAGGGGGCGGCGCUGGGGUGGGAUCGGGCAGGAAGGCCGGGCUGCCGGACCCGCCGACAGCGUCGCUGGAGCAGGACGAGCUGCAGCACCGCGACGGGAAACCGCCGUACAGCUACGCCUCCCUCAUCACCUUCGCCAUCAACUCCUCCGCGCGCCGACGCAUGACCCUCAGCGAGAUCUACCAGUGGAUCUGCGACAACUUCCCCUACUACAGAGAGGCCGGCAGCGGAUGGAAGAACUCCAUCAGGCACAACCUCUCUCUGAACAAGUGUUUCCUCAAAGUACCUCGAUCAAAAGACGACCCAGGAAAGGGUUCAUACUGGGCCAUCGAUACAAACCCAAAGGAGGACACACUGCCUACUCGCCCAAAGAAGAGGCCUCGCUCUGGAGAGAGGGCCUCUACUCCUUACAGUGUGGACUCAGAGGGACUGGGGAAGGAAUGCACCUCUCCAGCUCUCUCCACCAACUCUCCCACCAGCAAGGUUGGGGCUCAUGUGGAUUCUCAGACCUUCAUUGCAUCAGACAGGGAUAAGCCCCUCCCCUUCCCUCUGGCUGAUCGGAACAAGCCCCUCCCUUUCCAAGCAUCAGAGUGUGAUAAGCCACUCCCCUUUAGUGCGGCAGAGAGAGAUAAGCCCCUCCCCUUCUCCAGUUUCCAGGAUCUCAGUGCUUCUUUCCGCAGCCUCUACAAGUCUGUGUUUGAGCAGUCCUACUCUCAAGGUCUGACCAACCUGUCUUCUGACGCCCUCCAGAGCAGGACCAGCUGCACCUACCAACACACACACAGCCCCAGUGCCAACACUCAAACUCAGAACAACACACACACACUCCCACACACACUCCCACACACACUCCAGCUUCAGACCCCACUCUCGUCUCCACACACACCACAUGGACACCAAAACACACUCCACACACACCCAAACCAACAUGCUACACACACACAGUACCCCGGGCAGCACAGCACACACACACACACACAGCUCUCAAGCAUACACACAACUCAUAACCAGUACCCUGCUCAGCAGAGCUCAUACACACAGCAAGCAGCAAAUCAACACAGCACACACACACAGCAUUCUAACACACACAACACACAGACCCAACACCCUAAUCAACACAGCACACACACACAACAUUCUAACACACACAACACACAGACUCAACACCCUAAUCAACACAACACACACACACAGCAUUCUAACACACACAACACACAGACUCAACACCCUAAUCAACACAGCACACACACACAGCAUUCUAACCAUGUCAGUGCACACACCCAGCAUCCAAAUCAGCACAGCACACACACUCAACACCCUAAUCAACACAGCACACACACACAGCAUCACACACAACUUCCAAAUCAACACAACACACACACACAACAUCCAAACCCACACGCUACACACACCCAGCACACCACACACACUGCGACACACACCCCCCUCUCCUCUGCUCACCCAGUCUACUCACAGGCCCAGGGGCAACACUCUACCCACAGUGCACCACAGCUUGGGCCGCACUCUACCCAUAAUGCCUCUCCACAUGGACCCCACUCUACCCAUAAUGCCCCUCAGCAUGGACCGCACUCUACCCAGCAUCCUCCACUGCAUUCAACCCACUCUCAGCCACAGAUGCCCAGCAGCGGCGCGGGGUCUGACUGGGUUCCUGAUCUGGAUGCUCUGAAGGAGAGCUGUAAAAUUGCCAGCAGUUUCAAUUGGGCUGAUGUGGAUCUCUCUCCUUUCCAAGGUCUGAGGGACAGCAUGCGUCAGGCAGAGAUGAAUAACUGGGAUCUAGACCCCUCCCAGAUAGCAGACCUCUGCUCUUCUAUCAACCAAUUCCUGUCCAGUA